CAGUACAUUUGCUGCGGACACGGGACUUUGGUAGCCAUUCAAUGACCCACCGGACGCUCAUCUCUUCCGCCCCUGCUGCUGCCUUUUCCCCUGCUUCCCACUUCCUCCACGCCUCCUCCCCCUCCUCGCCUUCCCUUUUCACCCGCUCCUGCUCCUCUGCAGCCGCUCCCGCCAUGGCGUCGUUCGUCGCGCACCACCACGGCUCGCUGGUGGAGAGGGAGGGGAGGAUGGCCGCGCUGAGGAGUAGCCUCAGGCCGUACGAGGCGGAGGAGGAGAUGGCCGCCGCCGCCGCUGCCGGGCCGGCAGUUUUGGCGGCAGUGGACAGGGGUGUGGGGUUCUUAGGCGAGGGGUUCUCGGUGGAGGACCUGCUGGACCUGGAGGAGCUCUGCGAGGUGGACAAGGACGGCGCCGAGCAGGGCGAGGCGGCGCCAGCGGCGGCCGUGGUGGAGGACAAGUUAUCCAGUGACUCACACGGGUCGUCGGUGGUCUCCUACGAGCUCAUGCCGCCGCCGCCGCCGGUGAUUGACCUGCCGUUGCCGGCGCAUGACGCGGAAGAGCUGGAGUGGGUGUCCCGUAUCAUGGACGACUCGCUCGCCGAGCUCCCGCCGCUUCCAAAGCUCCCCGCGGCACCCUUAGCUGCGCGACGGCCGCUGGAAGGCGCGGUGUCAGCGAUGGACCCUAAGCGGAGCCCGACAAUAUGCGCGCUAUCGACGGAGGCGCUGGUGCCGGUGAAGGCGAAGCGCAGCAAGCGCUCGCGCGCGUCUGUGUGGUCGCUGUCCGGCGCGGCGCCACUAUCGGACUCGACGUCGUCGUCUUCCACGACCACGACGUCGUCCUGCUCCUCGUCCGCCUCUUUCUCGCCGCUGCUCCUCCUGCCCGCGGACUCGUCCCCGUUCUUGGCCGCGCACCUCCUCGACGAGGCGCCGCGCCAACCCAAGAAGUCUAAGCACAGCAAGCACGGAAAGAAUGGCAAGCCCAAGAAGCGCGGCCGCAAGCCGAAGCACCACCCGCCGCCCCAGUUCGCGGGCGGUGCAGCCUCCCUGCCGGUCCCAGGCGACCGCCGCUGCAGCCACUGUGGCGUCCAGAAGACUCCACAGUGGCGCGCCGGCCCCGAGGGCGCCAAGACGCUGUGCAACGCCUGCGGGGUCCGCUACAAGUCCGGCCGGCUCCUCCCGGAGUACCGCCCGGCGUGCAGCCCUACGUUCGUGAGCAGCAUCCACUCCAACUCCCACCGCAAGGUGCUCGAGAUGCGCCGCAAGAAGGAAGGAGUCCUCGUCCCGGUUCCGGCCGCCGCGCCGGCCGUCCCGUCGUUCUAGGCUAGCUAGCCUCCCCUCCCCGCUGGGGCGGCUGUACAUUUUUUUCCUAUCGUAUUAUUAGCAUGUUGUACCUUACUUGAUUUUUUUUUCAUUUCUCCAUUUAGUUCUGCUGUACUAGUAGCUAGAAUUCAGAACUGUAGAAGGAUCAUUAGGUCGAGUUAGGUGUAGGGAUUAAUAUUUCUAUGGUUUAAGUAGGUUUUAGUUUGUUAGGGUAUGACCAUAGUACUUGUGCCAGUAGUAAAGAAGUCCAACUCUUCACAAGAAAAGCUUUGCUUCUUGGCCUAUUAGGUUGAAAAGCUGAGGCUUUAGAGAGGCACAAGUGACAACAAUGUUAGGUGUGCCUUGGUGCGAAACAAGAAACUGACUCCCUUGUUUUAACCCAGGGUUCGGAGGAAUAGAGUGUUUGUUGUGCCUUUGCCUGUAUCAAUCUAUCAUCACUUCACAUUGUUGAUGCCAUAUUUUUCA